GCGGCGGCUUGCAGGACUUACUUACACUAUGGACAGCCCGCUGGAACAUGCCUCGACUCGUCAAUGCCAUCCUACUCGUUGCGCUCUCAUUGCUUCUUUCGUCUCGUUCGGGAUUCAAUGAUGUGUGUGCGUCAAGGCAGAAACCCCAAUCUCGGAUCAUAUUCCAGCUUUUGUCUGUAGACAACUGCUCGGGCAAACCCGGUCACUUUGAAAUAAAGAACUCAUCGGCUGUCAGAACGAGCAAGGGAGACAAUUUAAUCAACUGUGCAAUGGAAAAUUAUGGAGAAGCCAAGCUUUUAUCGCGGUUGGACAUCAGCAUUACGGCCUGCCGAGACGGCAUCUCUCACAACACGUGCGAGAGUUUUAGUGCGUGGAAGUUCCCAGCGGGCGUGUGCACUCUGGCAACGUCAGACAACACCCCAUGGGCAUCGGUCAUCAAGGCGAUUCGGCCUCCAUUCCGAUGUCCCUUUAAGGCAGGAAAAUACACUCUAGCAAAUGGCACGGUUAACGUAGAUGCGAUUAUCAGGAUUGCGGGAAGCCAGAUAGAUUUGCUCAUGAACAGAAUAUGGGUGCCUGAACUACGAGUGUACAACGAGAAACAAGAUUUGCACAUUUGUUUCAAAGUCAGCUGUUCCUUCGCCCGUUCCAGGAUUCAAUGAGAUUCAUGGCAUCACCCUAACAGUGUUCCGGAUAAGGUUUAAGACAAGACCGCCCACGCCCACCCGAUCCGGAGCACUUUCAGCUGAUUCUCCGCUACACUAAAUGUGCACUUUUAAGCUCAUCCGGCGGUGAUACGUACAAUAUAGUAUCCGCCAGGUGGGACGAAUUGUCUGGUGAGAGUCCAAUUGGCAUCGGUCGUCGGACAAAAUGUGUCGCCAGGCGAGCUCAAAAUUGUAUCACCGUCGGAUGUGCUUAAAAUUGCAUCAUCCAUAGGACAAAAAAAAAGUAUCAUAACAUAAAGCGUGUAGUUUCUGCCAAGACGCAAGCUGUUGUGUAUAUUACAACUUAAAUGAUUCUGGCAAAGGUUCCAGAGUGCCAAAGUUAAUGCCUGAUUGCUAGUGCUCGACUGCAAUUGCACAACGUGUACAUUUCCGAAAAUUAUACUUAGAUAUCGGUGAUACAGUAUGCUCGUGUUGCGUGCCUUGCCUUC